GUGAAUGAGCGUCUUAGAGACACGCGCGCGCGCUCAGCCAGAUGUGGUCCCGGAGCGCGCCGCGUCCCCGGCUGCCACAAGUUCGCCGCCGCGCGAGGGGUGCCGUGCCCAGGAACCAGGGGUCCCUCAAAUGGCUGGGCUGUCAUCUUCAGAGAAGUUAAAACCGUGACUCAGUGAGUGACCCAUGUCAUGAAGAGCAGACGUGUGUCUCCUACGGGAAGUCCCAUGGCUGUCUGAGCCAUGCUCAAAGCAACCCUGCUGCUCUCGGGGAUGCGGCAGCACCCAGUGGUUACCGAGCGUGGGUAAUGACUCUGCCAAGUGAUGCCAGGCCAGCCAGCCUGGGCCUGUGUGCGUGGGCCCUGCAAAACACCUGGAAGGACACACACCCACAUAGAGACACCCCGGGAGGCUCUCUGUGGGCUGCCGUGAUGGGGACAUUUUCAUGUUCUUUAUUUUCAGAUUUGUCAAAAAGGCCCUUGGAAGAGAAGACCCUCCUGGGAGCCUCCUGCCCUCCACCCCCUACAGCUGGCUGCCCACCCACUCAGGCCAGGGCCAUGGAGAAAUUCCACAUGCUCUUCCAGCACUUCCGGUCCAGCUCAGAGUCAGUGAUGAAUGGCAUCUGCCUGCUGCUGGCCGUGGUCACCGUCAAGCUGUACUCCUCCUUCGACUUCAACUGCCCAUGCCUGGCGCACUACAAUGCCCUCUAUGGCCUGGGCCUGCUGCUCACACCCCCGCUUGCCCUGUUCCUCUGUGGCCUCCUUGCCAACCGGCAGUCAGUGGUGAUGGUUGAGGAGUGGCACCGGCCUGCAGGGCACCGGAGGAAAGACCCAGGCAUCAUCAGGUAUAUGUGCUCUUCUGCGCUGCAGAGAGCACUGGCUGCCCCCCUUGUCUGGCUCCUGCUGGCUCUCCUGGAUGGGAAGUGCUUCGUGUGUGCCUUCAGCAGCUCCGUGGAUCCUGAGAAGUUUCUGUACUUUGCCAACAUGACCCCCAGCCAGGUGCAGCUCUUCUUGGCCAAGGUGCCCUGCAAAGAGGAUGAGCUGGUCAGGGACAGUCCCGCUCGAAAGGCGGUGUCUCGCUACCUGCGGUGCCUGUCACAGGCCAUUGGCUGGAGUAUCACCCUGCUGCUCAUCGUGGUGGCCUUCCUGGCCCGCUGCCUGAGGCCCUGCUUCGACCAGACAGUCUUCCUGCAGCGCAGAUACUGGAGCAACUAUGUGGACCUGGAGCAGAAGCUCUUUGACGAGACAUGCUGUGAACAUGCGCGGGACUUCGCUCACCGCUGCGUGCUGCACUUCUUCGCCAGCAUGCAGAGCGAGAUGCGGGCUUGGGGACUCCGCGGGGACACUGCCAGCAGGAACUCUGAGUGCCCUGAAAUGCCUGAGCUCCCCGAGGGCCUAGAAGGUGGAAAGGCUCACCUGCGUGCAGUCUCCAGCCGGGAACAGGUGGACCAUCUCCUGAGCACCUGGUACUCCAGCAAACCACCACUUGACCUCGUGGCAUCCCCUGGGCUCUGGGGGCGUGGUCUCAGCUACCGUGCCCCCUCUGUGGCUGUGGGCACCAAGCCUUCCCAGCACACUGAUGUAUAAAGACCCCAGCAGCAUCCCCAUGUGAAAUGCCCGUGCUGACAAGAGCCUGGGGGCUUUCCAGGCUGUGGGGACCCCAAGGCUGAGUAGCCUAACCUUUGUUGUCCUCCUUCCCCAAAAUAGCCCUGUCUCUGACCUAGUUUCUAGGCAUGGUCUCCUGUGUGCCCUAAAAAAAAGUUUCACAAACUUUAAUGUACUGAGCACUCACCUGGGCUCUUGUUAAACACAGGUUCUGAUUUCCUGCAUUCAGGAUGGGGUUGGAGACUGUAUAUGGAACAAAACCGCAGGUGAUCCUGAUGUAUCUGAUCAGUGGACUAAACUUUGAGUUGCAGAGUCUAAAUAGAUCUGCCAUGGGUUCUGGGUCCUAGAUGUCCAGAUUCUAAAUGUUUGAAAUAAUAAA